GUAACAGAAGAGUUGGUGAAUAUUUGGUGAUGUGUUGGUGUUUUUGUUGAGGCUCAGAGAAGACUCAGACAUGAAGAACAGAGUUGGUGCCUGUAUAGACGGUCGGCUCAAACAAAGAGUAGAGCAGUAUCUGGCAACCAGCAGCAGUGAAUAUGUGGACCUGUCAGCCAUGGCCCUGGAACUCCAAAAACUACACAGAAUGGAGUAUGGCAGAAGAAACAAGACAGCUUUUAGGAUUCAAGUAGAUAAAGUGUAUCAAGCGAUCAUGAAUGAGUCGGGGUUGAAUGAUCUGGAGAGCAAACACCUAGCUAAGAAAGCAAAGCACAACCACACUGACACUGGUGAGGGCAGCAGCAGCAGCUCAGAGGAGUCCUCUGACAGUGAUGAUGACAUUCUGGAGAACACGCCCACCAACCACAUGAACAGCUCUCUAACAUCUCUGUACCGGAAGGGGAACCCUGACUCUGCCACCUCGUCACCCAGGAGAGAUCAGCCUGCUGCUGCUGCUGCUGCUGCUACUAACCCUCCUCCCAAUGCAGCCACGCUGGUCUCAUCAGGAGGCUGGUUCAUUGAUAAAGGCAGAGGCCCUGAGAAGAACAUCUUCAUCGACCUGUGUGAAGAGGAGCCAGCUAAUACAACAACAAAUCAGCAGAGAGAUGUUCCCACGCUGGAGUCUGACAAACGUCACAAAAAGUCAAAAAAGAGGACGAAGAGCUCCACUGAAACUACUGAGUCUCAAACUCUGAACAAGAAAGCAAAAUCAAAGUUACCGGAGCUGCAGAACCCCACACUGAAGUUUGAAGAUGUAGGUGGUAAUGAAGAGACGUUAAAGGAAGUGUGUAAGCUGAUGAUACACAUGCGCCAUCCAGAGGUGUACCAGCAGCUGGGAAUGGUUCCUCCAAAGGGUUUUCUCCUUCAUGGACCUCCUGGCUGUGGAAAGACCCUGCUGGCCCAGGCUGUAGCUGGGGAGCUGGGGCUGCCCAUGUUGAAGGUGUCUUCUCCAGAGCUGGUGUCUGGAGUGUCUGGAGAGUCUGAACAGAAGCUCAGGGAGCUGUUUGAGAUGGCUGUGAGCUCUGCUCCAUGUAUCCUGUUCAUAGAUGAGAUCGAUGCCAUCACCCCUAAGAGAGAGACGGCUUCUAAAGACAUGGAGAGGAGGAUUGUAGCCCAGCUGCUCACCUGCAUGGAUGAUUUGACCAGCCCCACAAUGACAGCUCAGGUUCUGGUCAUCGGUGCCACCAACAGACCAGACUCUCUGGACCCUGCACUCCGCAGAGCCGGACGCUUCGACAGAGAGAUCUGCCUGGGCAUCCCUGAUGAAGCAGCUCGUCUCAGGAUCUUGAAGACAUUGUGUCGGAAGCUGAAGCUGCCGGAAGACUUCGACUACCAGCAACUGGCUCGGCUCACUCCAGGCUACGUGGGAGCUGACCUCAUGGCUCUGUGCCGUGAAGCUGCCAUGUGCGCAGUUAACAGAGUUCUUUUAGAAAUGAGAGGACAGCAGCAGAGCCAAAGCCAGAGCUCUACUACAGAGAUGUUACCAAGCAGUGAUCAGACUGACACCACCAUGACAGAGGGAGAGGUCAGUGAUCAGAACUGUGCAGCAGGAUCCUGUGAUGGUCCUCCGUCAGUGAUCAGCACAUUACCUAAGGAAGAGUCAGCGCAGAGUCAGCAGCAGCAGGGGGAGCUAUGGCACCUUCUGCAGCUGCUGAAGAACACUGAGAGUCUGUCAGAGGAAGAGCUGGCCAGCCUGUCUAUCCUCAUGUCAGACUUUCAGGCUUCUCUCUCCAGCGUUCAGCCCUCAGCUAAGAGAGAAGGCUUUGCCACCGUACCUGAUGUAACGUGGGAGGAUGUGGGAGCUCUGCAGGACAUCAGAGAGGAGCUCACCAUGGCAAUACUGGCUCCAGUGCGUUCUCCAGAACAGUUCAAAGCUCUGGGGCUCAGUGCUCCGUCUGGAGUUCUCCUAGCUGGACCUCCAGGAUGUGGAAAAACCCUGCUGGCUAAGGCAGUGGCCAAUGAGUCAGGACUCAACUUCAUCUCUGUCAAGGGUCCAGAGCUGCUCAACAUGUAUGUGGGAGAGAGUGAGCGGGCUGUCAGACAGGUCUUUCAAAGAGGACGUAACUCGGCUCCAUGUGUCAUCUUCUUUGAUGAGAUCGAUGCUCUGUGUCCUCGCCGCUCAGGCCAUGAGUCAGGAGCAAGUGUGCGGGUGGUCAACCAGCUGCUCACAGAGAUGGAUGGUUUAGAGACUCGACAGCAGGUCUUCAUCAUGGCUGCAACCAACAGACCAGAUAUUAUCGACCCUGCUAUACUGAGACCAGGUCGACUAGAUAAAACCUUGUAUGUGGGUCUGCCUCCUCCAGCAGACCGCCAUGCCAUCCUGCUCACCAUUACUAAGGGGGGAACUAAACCUCAGCUGGAGCAGGAUGUCAGUCUGGAAGAGAUCGCCCAUGAUGAGCGCUGUGACUGCUUCACUGGAGCUGACCUUACUGCAUUAGUGAGGGAAGCAUCUGUUAAUGCCCUGAGAGCCUACAUGAAGUCCCAGCAUCCCACAGAUGCUUCUGUCUCUUCAGGUCACACAUACUCCUGUGGAUCUGUCGCUGACAUCAGAGUGAGCAAACAGAACUUUGAGGAUGCCUUCAAGAAAGUCUGUCCAUCUGUGUCCAAAAAGGACCAGAUGUCAUACAAGAAGCUCAGAGAAUCCCUGAGCAGAUGAGAGCAGAACGGAAGCACAGGACUCACCAGCAACAGCUCAACCUCUCCACUCACUUCACUCUCCACAUUUAUAAUAGUCAAAAUCACAUGUUGAAUCAUUCUACUCAUUCCUGUUUUUAUAAUAUUAAAAAGUAUUUGUUGA